GAUUCCCUGCGUGAGGCCAAAGCCUCAGCUUCCUCCCUCAGGAAGGCGCGACGGCGUGUGCCGAAGAAGAAUCACCAGUUUCCCCAACACCUGCUCGAUUCAAAAUACUGCUUUAAAUUCGUGGUCUUUGCUCCGUUGCUGAGCUCCGGACUCAAACACGAACGGGGUCUCGGUUAAAUCAGAGAUUUCUGGGGCUUAUUUCCGGUUUUGCGGUGUGGUCGGAGCUCUUGAGCAGUUUGAGCUGAGCGUGUGUUGUGAGAGAUGGCAACAGCAACAGCAACUGCGCGGUUGCAGAGUCCAUCUGAACUCUCCAGAGCCGUGCACAAGUCCAUGGAGGUCGCAGUUGGAGGCUUUGGGGUUAGGGUGCAGGCUGUUGCUGCCCUCGGAGGAAGCCGCCUCAAAUGCGGUAGCUUAGCAUACAGAUCAAGGUCACUCAAAAUCCCGGUUCUGAAGAAUUCUUCUCACAGGAAAGAAUCACUUGUUUUGGCAAUGAGCAGGAGUGAACCUACUGUUACAAAUGUUCAAGACUCUCCAGCCUCAACAGGGUUGUCCCUAGAAACCGCGAAGAAGGAUGUUCUCGGCGCUUUGUCACAAAUUAUCGACCCCGAUUUUGGGACGGACAUUGUUACAUGUGGGUUUGUCAAGGAACUGACUGUUGAUGAAUCCACCGGCGAGGUCUCGUUUCAGCUGGAGCUCACGACGCCCGCUUGCCCAGUGAAGGACAUGUUUGAGCAACAAGCCAAGGAGAAAGUCUCAGCAAUACCGUGGGUCAAGGGGGUUAAUGUAAAAAUGACUGCACAACCUGCCAAGCCUCUUAUCGCAGAUGAUGUCCCUGCUGGUCUGAAGAAAGUCUCAAACAUUGUGGCGGUUUCAAGUUGCAAGGGUGGAGUUGGGAAGUCCACAGUGGCAGUAAACCUUGCGUAUUCACUGGCACAAAUGGGUGCAAGGGUUGGCAUCUUCGAUGCCGACAUAUAUGGUCCCAGCCUGCCAACUAUGGUGUCACCAGAAGUGAAAGUAUUGCAAAUGAAUCCGGAGACAAGAGCGAUUAUUCCAACCGAGUACCUCGGAGUGAAACUUGUGUCAUUUGGCUAUGCCGGCCAGGGCAGCGCUAUCAUGAGGGGACCCAUGGUCUCUGGAGUUAUCAAUCAAUUUCUUACUACUACAGACUGGGGCGAGUUGGACUACUUGGUGAUUGACAUGCCGCCUGGUACAGGGGAUAUUCAGCUGACCUUAUGCCAGGUGGUGCCGUUGACAGCAGCCGUCAUUGUUACAACACCUCAGAAGUUGGCAUUCAUAGAUGUGGCCAAGGGAGUGCGCAUGUUCUCCAAACUUAAGGUCCCAUGCAUUGCCGUUGUGGAGAAUAUGUGUUUCUUUGAAGGUGAUGAUAAGCGCUAUUAUCCAUUUGGAAAGGGUUCUGGUUCCAAGGUAGUUGAACAGUUCGGCAUUCCGCAUCUGUUCGAGCUCCCCAUCAGACCGGAACUCUCAGCAGCUGGAGAUACCGGCAACCCAGAAGUAGUUGUGGACCCACAAGGCCAAGUUGCCAAUAUCUUCUCAGACGUUGGGGUUUGCGUAGUGCAACAAUGUGCCAAGCUUCGACAAGCAGUGUCAACUGCUGUCAUGUAUGACAAGGCCAUAAAUGCAAUUCGAGUAAAGGUUCCUGGAACAACGGAGGAAUUUUUGCUGCACCCCGCCACCGUUCGCCGAAAUGACAGAUCUGCCAAAAGCAUUGACGAGUGGUCCGGUGAGCAAAAGCUGCGGUAUACUGAUGUUGCUGAAGAUCUUGCUCCAGAGAGCAUCAGACCGAUGGGCAACUACGCCGCUGCCAUUAACUGGCCGGAUGGUUUCAGUCAGAUAGCACCCUACGAUCAAUUGGCAACAAUGGAGCGCCUGGUUGAUAUCCCUGAGCCUGUUCCUGUACCUGAAAACACUGCUGCCACCCAAUCUACCAAUGAGAAACCUGUUAAAGAUGCUGGUGCAGCAGCCAUUCUCAACCAUGCCAGGAGACUACAAACUUGAUUUCGUCUCAGGGGAUAGUACUGUAACAUAGUUUAUAUUCAAUUCCUCAUCGAAGUAUGUCAUGCGACGUAGAAGCAUGUCAUCCUUUUUCCCUUGACAGGGAGGUCACUAGCAGCUUAAUCCUACUCGCAAUUGCCUCCCAAAAUUAAGGAUAAACAGAGAAUUAAAAACACUUCUGAGCUAUUGAAUGAUGAGUGACAUGCUGGGUCGGCAGAUGAAGAUUCAAACACUAGGCAGAAAUGGAGUUGGACUUGAAGCUACUUCUAUGCAAGUGGCUUUCACUCGGAAUCAAAUCAUAUGAAAAUGAAAUAGACUUACAAUGGUUCUGAGGGGACAGUUGUGCACGAUGUCGUUACAUUAUUGGACAGAAUGACCAUUUUCUCGUUUUGUGACUAUUUUUAGUUGAACAAGUAUUUGACAUUAACAUUAUUAAUAAUAGUUUUGUAUUCUUCCCUGUUAAA